CACAUUAAUAAUAUAUACAUACACUUCACACUUCCCGAGGCCAAAUAUAUCAAUCUUCAUAUUACAGCUAAUACACUCUCUCUCUCUCUGGAAGCUUCUCUCUCAUCUCAACAAUGGCGUCUAAUAAGCAGACGUUCAAAGUGUGCUUCUGUUUUCGGCGCCGGUUCCGGCUGGCCGCCGCCGAAGCUCCGUCGGAGAUCAGGUCGCUGUUCGAUCGGUACUCCGAGAACGGCGUCAUGACGGUGCAGCUUCUACAGAGAUUCUUAGUUGAGGAGCAGCGCGAGGCUAAUGCGUCGUUAGAGGAUGCGCAAGCGGUGUUUGAUAAUCUUCAUGAGCUGAAGAUUUUGAAUAUUUUUCAUCGGAAAGGACUUACUCUCGAAGCGUUCUUUAAGUACUUGUUUCAUGAUAUUAAUCCUCCGAUGAAGCCUAAUUGCGGGAUUCACCAAGAUAUGAAUGCUCCCAUAUCUCACUACUUCAUUUUCACUGGGCAUAAUUCUUAUCUAACUGGGAAUCAACUGAGCAGUGAUUGCAGUGACGUCCCAAUCAUAAAAGCACUUCAGAGGGGUGUUAGAGUUAUUGAAUUGGAUAUAUGGCCUAAUUCAACCGGCGAUGAUGUUAAUGUUCUUCAUGGAAGGACACUGACCACUCCUGUUAAACUCCUAAAAUGUUUGGAAUCUAUUAAAGAGCAUGCAUUUACUGCGUCUGAGUAUCCUGUUGUUAUAACUCUAGAAGAUCAUCUUACUCCAGACCUUCAAGCUAAAGUAGCCGACAUGGUCACUCAAACAUUUGGAGAUGCAUUGUUUACACCCGACUCAGAUUACUUGAAGGAGUUUCCAUCACCGGAAUCACUAAAAAAGAGGUUUAUCAUUUCAACUAAGCCACCCAAGGAAUAUCUUCAAGCCAAAAAAGUUGAUGGAGAUGAAAAAAAUGGUUCACAGAAAGAGAAAGAUGUAACUGAUGAGGGAGCUUGGGGAAAAGAACUCUCAAGCCACAGAUAUGGUACUAAUCAGGAUAAGGAUGAUUUGGAUGAGUUUGACAGCCCGGACGAGGAAGAGGAUGAUGACGAUGAGAAGGCAUGUCAAAAAACAGCACCUGAAUACAGGCGCUUGAUUGCGAUCCAUGCGGGAAAAGGAAAAGGAGGUUUAGACGAUUGGUUAAAGGUGGAUCCAGAUAAAGUUAGACGACUCAGUUUAAGCGAGCCAGAACUUGAAAAGGCUGUAAUAACUCAUGGAAAAGCUAUUGUUAGAUUUACCCAGCGGAAUAUAUUGAGGGUGUACCCAAAGGGUAUACGUUUUGACUCGUCUAAUUACAAUCCAUUGAUUGCCUGGACACAUGGAGCUCAAAUGGUUGCUUUCAAUAUGCAGGGCUACGGAAGAUCACUUUGGCUAAUGCAGGGAAUGUUUAGGGCAAAUGGUGGUUGUGGUUAUGUUAAGAAACCGGACUUCUUAUUGAAGGCUGGUCCACACAACGAGGUCUUUGAUCCUGAAAUCGCACUCCCGAUAAAGAAAACAUUAAAGGUAACUGUAUAUAUGGGUGAAGGCUGGUAUUAUGACUUCAAGCAUACACAUUUUGAUGCCUACUCCCCUCCAGACUUCUAUGCAAGGAUUGGUAUUGCCGGUGUCCGUGCUGAUACUGUAAUGAAGAAAACAAAGACACUUGAAGACAACUGGAUUCCAAAUUGGAAUGAAAAGUUUGAAUUCCCUUUAACAGUCCCAGAACUGGCUCUCCUUCGAAUCGAAGUUCACGAGUAUGACAUGUCUGAAAAGGAUGACUUUGGAGGCCAAAGUUGCCUACCUGUUUCCGAACUGAGAAGUGGUAUUCGAGCCGUUCCACUUUAUAGUAGAAAAGGAGACAAGUACAAUUCGGUGAAAGUACUCAUGCGCUUCGAAUUUGUUUGAAAUAAUUGUGUGAGCUCAUCCUUUAUUAUUCCGUUGUUUCAUUCUUUACAAUUCCAGGAUAUAACCGCGUGUGCAGUUUGAACUAUUUUAUUCACUUCUUUUGUAUAGUGUAAUGCAGAGAUGUGUGUAUAUGUCUAUAGAUAAUGCUCCACGGUCCUAUCUUGCUGGUGCAUGUUGCCAUUAUAUUAAAUCCGGAACUUUUGUUGUGAUGUUGUAAGUUUGUAAUAUAUAUAUUUAAACACUAUUGUGCUGAAAUAGGAAUGCAUCUUGUUGCCGCUGA